GGCGGAUCGUCCAGCUAGAUACCUACGCGCGCGAAUUCCGUUGUCACCAUCGCAGGCAAGCAGGUACGUGGUUAAAGUGUUGUAUCUGGCAGUCCCUGUUCUUCGUCGAACACACAGAAGAUCUUUCACUACCCGCCAUUAACCUUUAAGAAACACGAUGGAAAGAAAAGACCCCGUUGCUCCAAUUUCAUGGAAGAGGUCAUUGUCUGAAGGAGCUGACAAUCCCUCGUUUCUCAACGAUUUCAAUCAAAAUGACAGAGCCAUAGAUGUAGAAGAAGGACACCUAGAGCUGGAUGCUAAGGGGUUAGCAAAACAGUUAUCUGUAGCUUCCGAACACCGUGAUGAUAAUGAGCCGAUUGAUCCUUGGGCUCUUCCUGAAUUUAAACACACGUCUACUCCUUGGUCAGAGUUGACGUCCAGUGGGAAGGUGAAGCGGGUGCUCGUUGAUUGGAUCGGCAAGACCAUUGCUUUAUUAAUGCUGCUAUACCUAUUCGUCUGUUCCUUGGAUUUCAUGAGCUCAGCGUUCCGUUUGCUUGGAGGUAAAACAGCAGGCCAAGCUUUUCGUAACAGCGAAGUACUCACUAACCCCGUUGGAGGGGUGAUGGCCGGUAUACUCAUUACGGUACUGGUACAGAGCUCGUCAACGUCAACGUCUAUCGUCGUCACUGUCGUCGCGUCAGGAUUACUAGAUGUGCAGCCGGCCAUUUACUUGAUAAUGGGAGCGAACAUUGGCACAUCCGUAACUAACACAAUUGUGGCCAUGGCCCAGGCUGGCAAUCGCAAUGAAUUCCGGCGUGCUUUCGGUGGCGCCACCGUACACGAUAUGUUCAACUGGCUGACUGUGAUUGUACUGCUGCCAAUCGAAGCGCUUUCACAUUAUCUUUACCGGGUGACAAGCCUCAUCGUAACUGAAAUGACGGCCAGAAACACAACUCGGGAAGACUUCGAUAAGGAGCUACUCAAAACUAUUACAAAGCCAUUCACGAGUCUCGUCGUAAAAAUUGACAAAAGUAUCAUGUAUUCGAUUGCGAAAGGACAGGAUUUACCUGACAGUGCCUCUCUUAACAAACGCUGGUGUAAGUUUGCCAACAAGGAAAUCACACGGGAGAUCCAAAAUGAAACCCAUCUAUACAACGUCACAGAGAUCGAGAAAGUAGGAGUGGAGAAGUGUCACACACUCUUCGCGCUGGUUUCCUGGUCGGACUCACUCGUUGGAGCUAUCCUUUUAGUAGUGUCACUCGUUUCUCUGUGUAUUUGUCUCAUCUUCAUCGUCAAGCUGCUGAACUCAAUCUUUCGAGGACAAGUUGCCGGUAUGCUGAGGAAAUUCAUCAACGCCGACUUCCCGGGUUGCAUGAGCUAUUUUACUGGUUACAUCGCCAUGCUUGUGGGUGCCGGCUUCACUGUCUUGGUUCAAAGCAGUUCCGUCUUUACUUCGGCUCUCACACCGCUAGUUGGCAUUGGAGUGCUAACCAUUGAGCGAAUGUACGCGCUGACCUUAGGAGCAAACAUUGGCACAACAACGACUGCACUUUUAGCAUCGUUAACCGCAAGCUCUGAUAAGCUGGCUGACACCAUACAAGUUGCGCUUGCGCAUUUAUUUUUCAACAUCAGCGGGAUUCUCAUUUUUUAUCCCAUACCUUUCAUGCGCCAAAUUCCGAUUGCGAUGGCCAAGUGUCUUGGAAACUAUACGGCCAAACAUCGGUGGGUUGCCGUUGUGUACACGUUUCUAACCUUUUUAAUUCUUCCUGGUACAAUAUUCGCUCUUUCACUGGCAGGCUGGAAAGUGCUAGUCGGAGUUGGAUGUCCAAUACUUGCACUCAUUCUCUUUGUCAUCAUCGUAAAUAUUUUACAAUCGAAGAAGCCCUCAUGGUUGCCACUAGUAUUGAGAGAUUGGCAAUUCUUGCCUUGGUGGUUGCGCUCUCUUGAUGCCCCAGCCAAGCUGUUUGCAAAUUGCAAGUGUGCAAAUCAUUGACGUAUGUUUACACCGUUACUUAGUUGAUGAUGAAUACUCAUGUGCGCGUGCGUGCGUGUGUGCGCGCGUGCGUAUGCGUGCGCGCGUGCAUGCGCGCGUGCAUGUGAGCGAGUGUGCGAGCGUGCAUGAGUGCGUGUAACAUAUAAUUAUAUAUGUUAUUCCUGAUGAUAGCAAUAUCUAAUUACAUCACUUUUUUGUGACUGGCUGUCUCGUAUUAUAUUAUAUCUCGUACAGUUUACAAAAUAAUAAUUAAAUCCUACACCAAACUAGUCCGGCCCAAGCCCGUAAUAAAUGUUCCUAGUGUGUAUACGUACGCUAUCUCGGGCUAAAUAGGCACUAGUCCGAACUAAGUUUAACUAAGUAUGGCCCGGUCCUAGCCCGGAAUUGUUUGAUGUAGGAUCAAAUUUGACAGUCUGUACAGGGGGGGGGGGGUAUAAGUUGGCACCUCCUCAGCAAAAC